CUUUGCGUCUGAGAGCCUUUUUUUUUGGAUCAGGAGAAGUUGCUGGUGGGGCUUGAACGUACAAUUGUGUUGUCACACUUUUUUCCAGAGUUGGAAGAGUUGGGGUCUCAUCACCCAAGCUAUUCUCCAUUUAAUGGAAUAGGAUGUUUUUGCUCAUCCAAGCACUUGUGGCCGUAUUUCGAUGACACAAAGUGGAGAACCGUUUUCCAGACCUGCCAAAGUUAUUCUGCUGUGAAUUCCAAACAGCAAGCCAGAACCUUGAAUGAUAAAACCAUAGAAGGUCUACCCAAUGCCUCAUUAAGGACAAACCUCUGGCCUGCUCUGGACUACUAGUGAUCCUUUUGACUUCACAUGAUCUCCCCAUUGGAUGCAACUGUCCUUCCUAAAGCACUUUUGGUUCUGAAAAUUGCACAAUAUCCCACAAGGCGGAUAUAAAAUGCGACCUCUCCAUCCAGAAGAUGGACUUUCCCCUCUUGGGCUACUGAAUCAAAGGCCAGACCACCUGCGUAAGCAGCUGGAGGGGAGCAGUGGGGUUCGGACCCCAAGUGCUGUCGAAAGAUUGGAGGCUGACAAAGUCAAAUACGUCAAAUCUCAGCAAGUGAUCAACAGUCGCCAAGAACCAGUGUUGCUCUGUUAUAGCUCCCAGUCUUUGCCUUGCUGCAGAAGACCCCUCGUCCUCCACCAGCACGGAGGUGAGUUCUCCCAGAGCUUAGCUGUUGGUCAAGAUGGCCCUGGACCCAAGAAACUGCCACCUCCUCCUUCUUCUCCUCAGUCACCCAUAGCACGGAGAGGGGGUGGGAGGCGAAUGCUGAGGCCGGACUCGCUUGUCAUCUACCGGCAGAAACGGGACUGCUUGGCUAUCAACAAGGAGAACACCAAGGGCUAUGGCCUAGUGAGACGGCUGUUUCAGAGUCCCCUGAGGGAUGGACAUAGCAGCCACUUGUCCUCAAGAAGCGUACUGGGGGACGGUCACCUGCAAGCAACACAAGAGGAGACCAUGGUUUGGGUGACGACAGAAAGGGAGGAAGCAAAAACGGUGCAUUCAGUAGGCAUGCUAACCAGUUCCACGGGUUAUCCUUUGGAAAAUAGGGAUCAAUCUCAGGCCAGCCCUCAACUGGAUGUGAACCCUAUCCCUCUUUCUGUGAGCCCUGGCUCAACAAACUCCAAGACAAAGCUUGGUCCAAGUUCUUCUCUUCCUCUCUCAGAGAAAGAGUGCUUCUUUAACUAUUGUGGCUUGGACCGGAACUUGGUGGAUGUGUUGGGAGCUGAGCGGUUCAAACCAGGCAGCUGGGAGGCAGGUUCUUCCUGCCUGCUCUUGGGGAGUCUGGGUUCAGCCAGUUCUGUGCAUGGUGGCAGUCCUUCCCACAAUGAAGAGGAAGAACCUGCCGAAGAGAUGAGCGAGAAGCUGCCUGCCUCUGUCUCCGUUGUUGAGAGAAAUGCCCGGGUCAUUAAAUGGUUGUACAGCUGCCAGCAGGCCCAGACUAAGGAGUCCACAGUGUGAGCCAAGACCUGGCAUCAAAGGCAGCUCUGAUCCUUAAACUUGCAUGGACCAGGUUCACCUACAUGGGACCCCAGAUAUCAGUUGAGGGUAAUGGCAAUGCUGAGAGCCAGUGCGGUGUUGUAGUUUGAGUGUUGAACUAUGAUUCUGGAGCUGUGGUUAGAUUCUCAGCUUGGCCAUGAAACACACUGAGUGGCCCUGGGCAAGUCAUAUACUCUCAGCCUCAGGAGAAGGCAAUGGCAAACCUUCCCUGAACAAAUCUUGCAAAAAAAAAAAAAAAAAAGCCAUAAUAGAAUAAGUCGGGAAUGACUUGCAGGCACACAACAACAACAACAACAAUCGCAAUGCUACCAUUUUGGUGAGAUGAACAGAUAGAGACAUGAUGCCUGAAGCCAAGUGUCCCUGUCAGUGUGGGGGGUAAAUGGAUCAUCUCUGUAGGAGGGAAUUGGUCCCCAACAGUUCUGUGUUGACUUCAUAUUGGUAAUAAAUUGCAGAAUUGUAGAGUACAGUAUAUGGGAAUAUACGUAUCCGGAUCAACUAAGGCUUAAAUUGUGAAGGCAGCUUGGGGUUUGUGACAAGGGAUUUCAUUUCUAAAUCCCUGGCUCCCAGAAUAAUUAUUCAUCAGUCCAUAAGGAAUUUACUACAUAUUGUAGGCCACAUAAUAGUCAGGGUGUCUUUCUCUUCUGCACUUACUGAGAGACAAUGUGGCGACUGUGUUGGACUUGCACCAGGAAAACUUGGUUUCAAUCCCCACUUAGCUCUCUGGCCCAGAGACUCUGGGGGAUAUUGGGCCUUUUACACACAUUUUGCCUAGCUGGCUUCACUGGGUUGCAACUUAUGAAAAUACAAUCAGACCAUCCCCAUAACCUCCCACCCUCCAUUUCCUGGAGGAAGGAUAUGAUACAACUGUGAGGAUGAGAUCAUUAUUAACAUUACAAAUAAGUUCUGAGGCAUAGACUCUCUGUAGAACCGAGAACAUAUCCAUGUUGGUCCAGAAAAUCAGUAUGCAAAAGGAUCUUGUAGAACCUUUGAGACUAAUUGAGUGGAAAAUGUCAUUGCAUAAGCUUUUGAAGUCUUAAUCUCCUUCUUUAGAUGCAUGGAGUGAAGGGGUGCUCAGGAAGGACCUUUAUGAUCAAACUGUAUCAAUAGCCAUAGAAAUGCAAAACUUGAGGGUGUGGUGAUGGAGUGACAAGUUUGGUUUUAACUAUGAUCUCCAAAGACGAAUGCAAGACGAAAGAUGUUGCCUAAGGCCAGGGUGACCACAUGAAUUUUGGGAUGUAGUGUGUACAGGCUAGGAACAAGAAAGGAGAUAUGAUAAACUAGCAAAGAGCGCCCAAUGUUUUAAUAUGUGUAGUGUGCCAGGAAGCCAUUAUUUCUGGUCAUCUCACUGUUGAUGGACUGGAUAUGUGGAUAUAUUCUAAUUUAGCUGUUUCUCUUUUCCAUCUUUUAGUUUUUUUGUUCAAGGACCACUGUGCUGAGGUCAUACAGUCUGAUUAUAAAGAUCUUUCCUGGGCACAAAUAUACUCCACACAUCUGAGGUAGUAGACUAUGGCUGAAUCUGCACUGCAGAAAUAAUCCAGUUUGAAACCGCUUUA